CUGCCGACGACGACUAUCUCGCCACGCGACGGUCCCAUGGCUCGAACGGUCGCGGAUCGCACGUAAUCCCUCUCUAUCCGAGACACCUCGAGCAACGUGCCCGAAAUCUCUCCAGCCCAUCUGGACAGCAGAGAGACGUCGCGCUUAAAACCCGGAAAACAAAACGAACGAAACGCGACGAGAUAUUUGAAGAGCCGCGCGCGGUCUUCGAACGAUUACGAUUUCGCUCGAUUCCGACGCCGACGACGGAAGUGCAUCGAAGUCGCAGGAAGUUCCGGAUGCGUCGGAAGGAACAAGGUCGCGAUCGUGCCACCUGAUCGGUGCUGCGAAGUCGGAGCGAGCUCCGCGACGCGGGAAAAGAAGCUGCUAAGAAUAACAAACGAAGGGAGCGAGCAGAAAAACGAACAGAACGAGAGAAUUGCAGAGAGAGAGUGAGAGAGAGAGAGAGAGAAAGAGAAGCGGUUUUCGAGAGAUCAAAGUUGAAAUUGCUCGGGCGAAGAACGCCGGUCGGAGGCGCACCGGGCGGAGAGAGGAAUCCGCGAAACGAGCGAGACAAUUGGAUCCGCGAGAAAAAUUCGGACAAAGCGAAAGAAAUUCAAAGGUCGCGAAGAAAGCCUGGCCGGCUGAAAAGGAGGACAAAGCCGGGUUCGAGUGUCGCUUAGACGCGAAAAAAAAAACUGGUCGGCUCGUUUUGUUAAUCAAAAGACGUCGUUUCGGCUCGCGGUUUGACUAAUAACGAGCAUGUGUGCCGGCCCGGCCCGAGAAAAAGUCGAGAGGAAGUUUAUAGAAAACGGAGUCCGGCCGCCGUCAGUCGAACGAUCCUCUUCGCCGAGGGUCGUCGAGAGUGUCUGAACAAAGACGCUAGACGUUGUCGAUGGUAAACAGGUGGAUAAAGAUCGGCGAGCGAGCUUCGGUGUCGGUCGGGUCGCGUUUGAGAAUGAUUUGCUCGUCGUUCCGUUGCGUCGAGGUGACUGCGUGCCCGAGGAAUCGCGAUUUAAAAUAUUGUGGGAUCCAUUGAUUCGGAUGCGGGCCAACGUCUCGAUCACGAUCUCGAUCUCGAGAGAUCCUGGAUGCUCCUGGACGCAGCGGCGCCGCUGAUUGGCCUGGAGUUUCACGCGUCAGCUCGAAACACCUGAUUCUCGACCGCUGUUCCGAGAUGCGGUGCACGUCGGGACACGUGUUUCUGACAAGUUUGCUGAUACUACUUCGAGCGCGCCGUGCAAACGCGGCCGUCGAGGACCCGCCUGAAUUUCAGAACAAAGCGCCGCUUAGGCUGGUCUGGGCCAACGAGGGCGAGGAAGUCGAAUUACCCUGCGACAUCACCCCACCCACGCCCAACGACACUGUAAACAUGGUGCUCUGGUUCAAGGAUUCCGAGGGCAUCCCCCUGUACAGCCUGGACGCGAGGAGCGGGAACGUCUCGUCAGCGAUUCACUGGGCAGUCAGCGACGAUCUGGGAAAGAGAACGUACUUCCAGAUCGGCGACGGGCAAAGGGCGAAACUGAAGAUCACGAAAGUGAACUACAAGGACCAAGGGAUCUUCAGGUGCCGGGUAGAUUUCAUCGAUUCCCCGACGAGGAACUUCCGAGUGAAUCUCACGCUCGUCGAGAAGCCAUCCAUGCCUGUGAUAUACGACGCGCAAGGCCACGAUGUGACAGGAGUGGCUGGGCCUUUUCUUGAGGGCUACAGUCUAGCAUUAAUCUGCCAGGUGUCCGGAGGGAGGCCAAAGCCGGCGGUGACGUGGUGGAAGGACGGCGAGCUCUUGGACAGCGUGGUCGACACGAUGGUCGGUAUGCCGCGGAAGUUCACGUCGAACCACCUCUUCAUCGACAAAGUGACGCGGUCGUUGCGGGGCACGAAGCUGGUGUGUAAGGCGCAAUCGGCUCCCAUGGCCGCGCCGAUUGUGCGGGAAGUUCCCUUGGACAUUUACCUGAAACCGGCGGUCGUCAAGAUCAUCUUCACCGACGAUCAGAUUUACGCGGGCCGACCCUUCGCGGCGCGCUGCGAGUCCUGGGGAAGCUCACCGGCGGCGAGGAUCGUGUGGAGGUUAGGGGAGCAAGUGAUAGGGGAGCCGAACGUGUCGACCACGCAGAGGAGCAACUCCACGGUCAGCAAGCUGGCUCUGGCCCUCGACAAGAACGACGACGGCAAGAAAUUAACCUGCAGAGCCGAAAAUCCCAGAUUUCCCGGCGGAAACCUCGAGCAAACUAAAGUCCUGAACGUCGCCUAUAACCCGGUCGUCGCCGUUCACCUAGCUACCGGCUACACCAUGGAGUCUUUAAGGGAAGGCGAUGAUCUGAAGUUGGUCUGCGACGUGCAGAGCAACCCUCUUCCCACCAAAGUCAUUUGGUACCAUAACGAGAAGCGAUUGGAGCACGACGUGUCCGGCGGGACUCUGAUCGCCUCGAACGCGUUGACUUUGAGGCUGUUGACUCUGGCUCACGGCGGCGAGUACACCUGCGAGGCGGUGAAUCUUGUUGGAAUGGGUCGCAGCCAGCCUCUCUUCGUCCACAUGAAAUACGCGCCCAGGUGCAGAGUGGGUUACGAGCGUCGCGAGAUCGCGGCGGGUCGUCGCGAGACGGUGUCGUUGCGCUGCGAGGUCGACGCGAUCCCGACGGACGACGUGAGGUUCUCGUGGAUGUUCAACGCGACGCGCGGCGACGUGUCGCCGGUGCUGAACUCCAGAGCUCGGAAUAACGGGCUCGUUAGCGUUCUGGAGUACACUCCUACCGCUGACACCGACUUUGGAACCCUCGCCUGCUGGGCAAGCAACAGCGUCGGCAGACAAAGGACGCCUUGUGUAUUCAACAUCGUGCCGGGCAAGACACCGCAGCCGCCGUUCGACUGCUCCCUGCAGAACGAGACCAGCUCGUUGCAAGUGAAUUGUGUCCCUGGCGCGGACGGUGGUUCGCCGCAGUACUUUUUGUUGGAAGUUCGCGGCGGUCCGCGGGACCCGAGCGUCGUCCAGGUGAACACGGCCACGCUGCAGAAGCCCCAAAGCGACCAGGGCACGGUCGGCGAGUCGCCAGCCCUCUACCAAGAAAAGAACAUGCGACCCAAUUUUCAACUGCACGACCUAGAGCCGGGGUUCGACUAUACCCUCUACGUGUACGCGGUGAACGGUCGCGGAAGAAGCGAACCGGCGUUGCUGAGACACGUCAGGGUGACCGACUCGGUCGGAGGAAAAUUGGAGAGGACCGGGACCGGGAUCUUUCUCGAGGACCUGAAGAAGGCGCUGCCGAGUGCCAGCUCCGAGAAUCUGAUCAUCGUGGUCGCCUUGGCGGGGACAGGUGCGGUGGCGCUGAUCCUGGUCGGCAUCGGCGUGGUAAUCGGCCUGUCCGUGUGCAGAAGGAGGAGCGCAUCACCUACGAAGGACGGUCCGGACGAUUUCACGACGCCGUCCUAUGUUUCCGCGCAGAGGAUCGAGCCGAGGAUCAGAUACUCGGGCGACAGCAGCAGGCGUUCUCAAAGGACCAGCCUGUACGUCGAGGAGAAUCGAAACGAACCGGAUCUGCUGCAGCGGGUGGAGAUCGACGUGCACGACUAACGUUGCGGAAGAUCCCCUGCAUUUUGUACAGCCGUGAGAGGAACACGCUUCGAUGUGAAACGUUCGCCGUUAUGUAUUAUACACGCUUCCCCGGACAUCCUGUCUGUAUUAGAUAGAGAAAUCCGGCCGGAAGUGCCUAUUUUUGUAGACGUGUAAGGACGUAGCUUGAUAAGCCGUAGAAAAGCAAGCGAGAUGCAGUGCGUUAUUGCGCCCGAUCCGGUGAUCUAACACUAUUUCCAGAAUACCUGUACCUGUGCUUUGCGAUCGUGCUCGCGAGAGUGUCCGUAAAAAGCGUCCGCCGCGUCGCACGACGGCCUUAAAGCUUUUAUUUAUUACAUCUCGCACUUUGUACUGCGACUGCACGUGCCAUUCGCGAACAAGCAACAGUCGAGAGAGAAAGAGAGAGAGAGAAAGAGAGAGAGAGAAAGAUA